AUGACUUCAGAAGUUUAUAUGCCAAGCCCUGUGUGCCUCGUUGAGAACUUAAAUGGGAAGCUGAAGGCUAACCAGGAAGCUCUAGGGAUCCUGUCUAACAUAGAACAGCCUCUGGUAGUGGUAGCCAUUGUGGGCUUCUACUGCACAGGCAAAUCCUACUUGAUGAACAAGCUGGCUGGGAAGAAAUCAGGCUUCUCCCUGGGUUCCACAGUGCAGUCUCAUACCAGAGGGAACUGGAUGUGGUGUGUGCCUCAUCCCCAGAAGGAAGGCUCCACUCUAGUUCUGCUUGACACUGAGGGUCUUGGAGAUGUUGAGAAAGGUGACAACCAGAAUGACUGCUGGAUCUUUGCCCUGGCUGUACUUCUAAGCAGCACCUUUGUGUACAACAGCAUGGGAGCCAUCAACCAGCAGGCCCUGGACCAGCUGCAGUAUGUGACAGAGCUGACAGACAGAAUCAGAACAAGAUCCUCAUCUGACCAGGAUGAAGUGGAGGACUCAGAUGAGUUUGUGAGCUUCUUCCCAGACUUUGUGUGGACUCUGAGGGACUUCACUCUUGAGCUGAAAGCAAAUGGGCAUCCCAUCUCCCCAGAUGAAUACCUAGAAAAUUCCUUGAGGCCCAUAUAUGGUACUGGCCAAAAUAAUAAAGAAACAGAAUUAAAUUUGCCUCGGUUCUGUAUCCAAAAGUUCUUCCCAAAGAAGAAAUGUUUUGUGUUUGAACGGCCAGUAAGUGGGAAACAGAUUAGCCACUUGGAAUCGCUGCAGGAUCAAGACCUAAAGUCAGACUUCGUUCAACAAGUGGCAGAGUUCUGUUCCUAUGUGUUCAAGUGUUCAAAGGUUAAAACGCUUUCAGGAGGCAUAAGGGUCAAUGGACCACAUGAGUGUGUUCCCAGACUAGAGAGUUUGGUGAUAACCUAUGUCAACGCCAUCAGUAGUGGAAGUCAGUCCUGCAUAGAGAAUGCUGUCCUGGCUGUGUCCCAGACAGAGAAUGCAGCUGCAGUACAAAAGGCCAUUGCCCAUUAUGACCAGAAGAUGAGUCAGAAGUUGCAGCUGCCCAGAGAGACCCUCCAGGAGCUGAUUGACAUGCACAGGGCCAGUGAGAAAGAAGCAAUCAAGAUUUUCAUGAAAAAUUCCUUCAAAGACAUUAAUCAAGUGUUCCGAACACAACUAGAGACCAGUUUAGAAACAAAGCUAGAGGAAUUCCUUAAGAAGAAUGCACAGGCAUCCUCAGAUCGCUGCAUAGCACUGCUUCAAGAUAUUUUCAGCCCACUAGAAGAAGAUGUGACACAGGGAAUUUAUUCUAAACCAGGGGGAUAUCGUCUUUUUAUCCAGAAGAUACAGGAGUUGAAGAAAAAGUAUUAUGAAGAACCCAAGAAGGGGAUUCAGGCAAGCAAGAUUACAUGUAUGUUCUGGGAAGUUGCUCACCUCUUUGAGACUGUAGAGUGA